UCCACAGACAGUGAAAGGGCAGAGAAAAAUACAACGAAAACAUCUUCGUUUUUCUUUAACGUUUUGAAUUAUCAAAAGCUCCGAAGUUAGCAAAAGAUUUGUUUUGGUAGGGAUGGGUGAUUUUAAUGAGCACUGUAAGAGGGCAAUGAACCCUUGGAUUCUUCAUUUUCAAAAGCUGGGUCUCGAGCUCAAGUGCCCUCUAUGCUUGAAGUUGUUUAGUCGGCCAUUGUUGCUGCCAUGUGACCAUGUCUUUUGCCAUUCAUGCAUACCCAUAUCGGCACAGUUUGGCCUGGAGUGCCCCGUAUGCAAAUCUCAACAUGCAAACCGAGAUCUAAGAGAUCUACCUUUCAUGGAGAACAUCAUAAACAUCUAUAAAUCAAUGGAUGCUGCUUUUUCUGCCAAUAUGGUGCAAUUACAGUCGGCCAGAUAUGGAAUUGGGAAGGGCGGUGUAAUUGAUAAUGUAGGCAAAGGUGACAAAGGUGAGAAAUUUGAGGUACCCAAUAAGGAAGGAGAAGAAAUUGGUGCAGCUCAGAAUCUGAAUUUGCCACUACCAGAUUCACAAGCAAGUGGGAGGUUGCAAGAGUAUAGAAAUGGACGAAUAGAGUUGAAUCAGGCAGAUCAAACUCCACCAGUGAGCUCUCCUUCCUACGAUGACGUUAAGGAACAUGACAUUGACAGUAAUGAUCAGGGUUCAGAAAAUCCUCUUGUACAAGCCAAGAGGAAGUUUAAUGGUGAAACAAGUCAAGUGAAAUAUGACAGUUCUGACUCUGGAACUGAUGGUUAUUUAAGGGAUGCCAAGAGGCAAAAGAAACUAAAUUAUCGACCAAUAGAGAUGGAUCUCACUGGUGCCUUCAAUCUCCAGUCAACUGAUCCAUUAACUGCAAGCUCAGUGGCCUCUAUUUCUGACUCAGAACCCAAGUCUGGGUCAGCUCUUCCUGUUCCAGAUUUGCCUGUGAAAGCUGAUGAACUAUCGGCAAGCAAAACCAUCUGUGGAUUUUGCCAAUCCUCCAAAAUGUCGGAGGCUACUGGAGAAAUGUUACAUUAUGAAAAUGGACAUCAAGUGGAAGGAGACAGUGUAUUCCAUUCAAACAUUAUUCAUGUUCACAGGACAUGCGUUGAGUGGGCACCUAGAGUUUAUUAUGAAGGGGAAUCUAUUAGAAAUUUGAAGUCAGAAUUGGCAAGGGGUGCAAAACUUAAAUGCACUAGAUGUGGGCUAAAGGGGGCAGCACUAGGCUGCUAUGUGAAAUCUUGUCAGAGGAACUAUCAUGUUCCUUGUGCAAAAGAAAUCCCUAAAUGCCGAUGGGAUGAUCUCUUCCUUGCUCUUUCUUACUUUCUACAGGACGAAUUUCUUCUACUCUGUCCAGCUCAUUCAUCAGUCAAAUUUCCAAAAGAGAAGUCUGGAAUCUGUGCUGCAAAGGAUAUUACUAUGCCAAAGCAACUAACUUCUCAACAAAGCAGCUCAUUGAUAUCCAUGCCAAAUAGAGCAAAAGAAUUGGUCUUAUGUGGAUCUGAUUUGUCUUCCAAAGAUAAGUGUCUAUUGGUCAAAUUUGCAAGCAUCACUGGUGCAACUGUUUCUAAGUUUUGGAAGCCAAAUAUUACCCAUGUAAUUGCAAUUACAGAUGAAAAGGGUGCCUGCAAAAGGACACUAAAGGUUCUCAUGGCCAUUUUAAAUGGAAAAUGGGUCCUUAAGAUUGAUUGGAUAAAAGCAUGUAUGGAGGGCAAGCAGCUUGCUGAUGAAGAACUUUAUGAAGUUAGCCUUGACAACCAUGGUUGUUGCAAUGGCCCAAAGACAGGAAGAUUAAGGGCAUCAGAUGAGAGUGCACCAAAGCUCUUUAAUGGCUUAGGGUUUUACUUCUGUGGUGACUUCAUCUUGGGUUACAGGGAGGAUCUCCAAAAUUUAGUUGCUGUUGCUGGAGGUACUAUUUUGAGAAGCAAAGAAGAGCUGGUGGCUCAAAAUUUUGAUGAUCAUGCAACUCUGAGAACCAUGGUUGUUUAUAACAAUGAUUCUCCACAAGGGUCCAUACUAGGAGAAGAAGUUUCUACCUUUUGGCAGAGGAUAAGUGAAGCAGAGGAUUUGGCUACUGAUACUGGAUCUCAAGUAGUAGCUCACACUUGGCUUUUGGAGUCAAUGGCAGCAUAUAAAUUACAACCUUUAAGCUAAGAAAAGGCUCAUAGUAUAGAUAAAUCUUCUAACUUAUUGCCCUAAUAAUUUAGUUUUACACUGUCAAAAGGUCUUUCUUGUUCUUUAGAUCUUUCUCUUUUGGGUGGGCUCUUGUUAAAAGAAUUUUCCUAAAUGGAUUCCUUAGAUGAUUCAAUGAUAAUAAA